UAUGUUUAGCCUUGUAUUUGUUUGUUUAUCGUCAUAAGAUAUUUUAAAUCUUGAAGUGUGUUUUCCCGGCAUUGUACACAGCAUCACAAAUAAAGGGGCAGGGACAAGAAAGUUAAAGUCACUGCAUCCACACGUGUUUAAAGGUUAAUACCAGUGUAUGUCACCGUCUACAGAUGCUGCAGGCUGCAGACACAUUGGACUAUAGCCAAAAGGCGCAGAGGUAAGAUACCAAAACAAAUCUUUCCCCACAUACUUCCUCUCCAUCCAUCAAGCAGCCCGAGAGAGAAAGGGUUAAUGAAACUGGAAGUGCAGCAGUGAGCCCCCUCCCUCCCUCCCUCCUCCGGCCCCGGCCUCCUCCUGUUCUCCCUCUGUCUGCUGGGCCCAUCCGCCUCAGAAGGAAAGUUCCUGACCCUUAAACGCUAUUUGUCACCAAAUUAGUCCACAUACAGUCCUGUCUGUGCCGGCCCGGUUUGGAAAUGAAAAGCCACACCUCACAGCUGUGAGAAGAGCAACAGUUACUUCUCGUCAACACGAUGCAAAGGGGUAGGUUCUCUUGCUAAAGAACAAAUACUUGUGAGCGGCAGCAACGUGAUCGGUUUCUUCAUUUCUUAACAGGAACGCUCAGACUGUUUUUGACUUCACUGGAGCUGGUCUAACUGAAGGUUUGGGACUGACGAUAUGCGUACCAGUGUCGAGGGACUGCCAAGCACUGCCCUUGGCAGCGGAGGCACUGGCAGCAGCAAUAACAACAACAAUAACAAUAACAACACCGCCACCACCAGCAGCAGUGGGAACUCGGGUUCCCAGUAUGCACUAUGUGCUCUGGGCGUUGGGCUUGUUGCCCUCGGCAUUGUGAUGAUCGUGUGGAGCGUGGUACCUGCAGACGCGGCAGGGAACAACAGCAGCAGUUUAGGAGAAGACAGUGGUACGACCGGCAGGAAACAUAAAGCGUCUUCCGUGGCCUUUGUCUUGGUGGGGUCUGGGGUCAUCAUGCUGCUGCUGUCCUUGUGUCUGGGGAUGAGGAACAAACAGCGGGAACAGCAGAUGCUCCAGGAGGCCCGGAAUCACGGAGUGGCGGCUCGGGAGCAGGAGGAAAGAGAAACUGCCGAGGAACAAGCCCAUCGUUACGCAGUACCCAGCUAUGAAGAGGUAGUAAGCAGUGGCCAGUACCCUGUCAGCCAGAGCAACCUUCGCCCAAGCACCUCCCAGCUACCUUCCUACGAUGACCUCGUCCAAGUUGAUGGGUUGCAGUAUGAAUUCGAGGGGUCAGAGGUCACAAUUACUGGAUCACAGCCUGCUCCGGCUCCCAGUGCUGCUGCUUCCACAUCAAAUCGCAGAGUUGUGAAAAAUAGCCGCAAGCUCCUCCCUAUCAAGAUCCGCAGGAUUAAAUCGGAGAAGCUGCACAUGAAAAACAUUGAUAACUCUCAGCCAGCAGCUGGAUUCAGUAUAGAACCACUUACCCCUCCGCCGCAGUAUGAGGAUAAAGUGCCUCCGAUUUAAGAUCAAGCUGAUCGUGUUUAAAACAUCUGCUGACAUUCCUGGAAUCCCCUUUUGUGGAUCUGGAACCUUUAAACCGAGACUUGAAGAUGGCUCUUCUUGCAGAACAUUCUCAGUGGCACUUUUUAAUAAAAUACUGUAUCUGAUCUAAUUCAUCAUUGCGUGUCGCAUCACUCCAAACCACGGCACAGAGAUACCUUUUAUUGAUUUUGGAUCUCUGCAACAGACACAGACGGAUAGUGAUGGACAUAGCUGAUGGAACCUUCCUCAUUGUGACAGGUUUUGUCAUCAAUGUUUCACAUUUGAUCCAAAGCACACACCAAAUGCGGUUUUGCUUCAUGUCAAAGUUGAUUUCUGUAUCUAUGCGUUAUCUUCAUGUACUCCAAAGUGCUUUGACUGUACAGGCGAGUGGACGGGGAAAGAGAUCAAAGGAUAUCAAUGAGUGGUUAUUGUGAGGAUUUGUGUGAACACUUAAAUAGAUAUGUGCAGGGCACUCGUUUUGUAAAGUAGCUGCUGUUGGAGCAGUGUUUCCCCGUGGGAAGCUUGGAUUACUACUGCCAGCAGUUUACCAAAUGUAGACUUCAUGGUGAGUGACGGAGCGUUGUAUGUGGUAUGCUACACUCUCCCUCAGUGGCAACAAUAUUGUCUCGCCUGGUCCUCUUUGCAGAGAAUUAGAGACAAUUUUGAUAAAUGUCAACACUUCAGGUUCAGAGGUUGUUAUUGAUCACUCUUAUUGAAAAGCUGAAACGUGGUACUGGGGGUGUCUUUACAUAUUCUGCGAUGGACUAUCGACUGGACAUCUUCUAUUUUUGACAAAACAAAACUUUGUUAGCAUUCAUCAGCUUCCAUGACUGGAAGGAAUAGAUUUGUCGAACGCUAACAAAUGAUCACUUGUUUACCUUAGUUAGAAUAUCAUGGCACUGAAAUGUCACCGUCCAGUACAGCAGCACAUUCAAGAGAAACGUUUUUGUUUCUCCUGAGAACGACGAAACCUUCUACCGUCCAUCGUGUGGUUGAAUGGUUUUAAAAUGGAGAGGGGUCAACUGUUUGUGAUUGGUUGUGGGUACAUCGCCCAAAAUCAUUAAAUUGCUGCAUUUAUUGUCAGUUGGUUCAUUGAAUACGCCAAGACACAGUACCUGUACUUCCUUAAAGCUGUACUUAGGAUUUUUGACCUGUAAAAGGCACAAAGACGCUAAAACAAACUCUUCUAAACACAGCUCUUAUAUGCCAUCAGCUUAUCAAUUUGUCAUGGCUAACGAGCUAGCAAACUGCCGCCUAACACAGAAUAAGAUUAUCCAGUUGUUUCCAGCCAACUGAUAAAUGUAAGUCCACAUUUCACUUGCUUUUUUUUUUAGCUCUGGUUUGAAUUCCAUCAAAUCCUGAGAAACCUAGCGUUUAAGUGUUUUAGCUUGCUAAACUCUCCUCACUAUUUACUUUAGUCUCAUGAGACUAGACUAUACAGUCAAUAGCUGUUCAAAUAAAGUGCAGCACAUGGCCACCAUCAGGUUACUUUUGAAGAGACAUUGUGGGAAGUUGAUGGUCUCCUCUCAUGGAGUCUUCCAGUAAUGCUGGUGCUAACUGACUGCAGCAGACCGAGUUUGCCCUCCAGUUGUUUACACUAAAGUUAAGUGACUUUAACACUCCUUCCCUUCCUAAAACAUUUCAAGAGACAUUGUAUGAUUGAGCCGGAGCUGUGAUGUUGCUCCUCCAAUGCAGUGUUGCUCUCACUCUUGCAAACAGCGGGUAGAGCAACGUGAGAGCAUAAUGGAAGGAGCUUGUGAAUAGUUGAAAGUCUUUUCCCUGUAGCCAUGGUGUUGAGCUGUGAAGGCAGUGUUGUCUCUGCGUCUCUCUGGGCUUGCUUUUGCUCGUACAGAACGACUCUUUGACUGUGCAGCUGCUCCAUAACAACAGCAACUUUUGCUCACUAGCUUGCUCGUCACCAUUCCUCCAACCACAGCUUGACUUGCAGCCUUGUUUUCCCUUCGAAGUAUGCAGGGAAAAAAAAGACAAGUGUUCAGGGAACUGGUUUGAGUUUCAUCACCAUGCACUACAUGCAUCAUUACCUGUCAACAAAGUCUCCUUUCUUCUUCAGGUUUGAUUUGAACAGUCAUUCAAUUGAACGUUACAGAUUUGAUGAAGUUGCGUACCUAAAGAUUAUUCCCUCUUUUGCGUUGUGAAAAGGCACCUUUCAUUGGUGAAGUCAUCUCCCAGUUGUACACUGUGUUUGAGUUGUUAAUGCAACAAAACUACUUAAAUCAUUGUCAGCCGGUCAUAUUAUAUAUUGCCAGGUUUUCUGUAAAGGAAGGCAACAAAGUCAUUGAGUCACUCAUUGAGGUUUGUCAUUGAAAUUCAACACUUCAAUGUCUACAUUGUCUUGUUUUGCCACACUGUGUAUUCAUUCUUUAUUUUUUAUAAUGUGCAGUGCUGCAGACAGUCAUCAAACUAUGUAGUCAAAAUGUUUUACAAUGAUGAGCCGAGUCUGAAACACAUGCUGUUUGUUCAUUUAUUAUUGCUUUUUUAUUACCUAAAUCCAUAUUUCUUUUAUAUGUACUGUGAAAAUGUGCUUUUCUAUCAUAAUUCUAAUUUGUAUGUGGAAAAUAAGUUUUUUUUCUCUGAAGAGUAAAAACUAAUUUAUCUCAUGAAUGUUUUAUAAGAAAUAAAAGGAGGUAUUUGCUAAUUAACCCAGUGUGAUUAAGAAGUGUAUCUUGCUGUGAUUACUCAACAUGUGUAUCACUCCAUGUUGACUCAUGCCAUAAUCCCCUGAACAUUUUAACAUGCAUAUUUUAUAACUUGUUUCUAACCAAAGCUUAGUUGAUAUGCAGCUACUGCAAGCUGAGAAACAUCUGGAUGCUUUAUAGCCCUGCAUGGCCGCCUUCAAGAAGGGCUUCUUGUGUUUAAGUGUCCAGGACAUGGACAGUACUUCACAUUAACAAACAAGGUCUCUGCAUUCCUUUGCACUGAUGAGCAGUAUUUUUAUUUAUUUUUUGGAUGUAAGAAAAUGAUAACGCAUUAUAAAACAGAGUUGUUCUUAUUGCUGACAAAAGCACUUGCACAGCUCCUUCAGCAGUUGGUCAUAACCUGCAGAGUAAACAACCGAAAACACAAUAAUACACUUCCUGUUUUUGAAAUCCGAGGCUUUUGUUGGCUCCAGGUUACAUUGUUUAUGCUGGCAAGUUAAUCACAAAAAUGUUCCUCACUGUGUUGAUCCAGUUAAAGAAGGAGCCGACUUGUGUGAAGACUGUUUGCUUCUGCAGGGCGUUGCAGGCCUGACCGGAGCCGAAGCUCGCCACGCCGUAUACAUCCCAGGAGCCAUCAGGGUUCUGGCAAUUCAGGGGGCCACCUGCUGGUCGCCACACACACAGUUGGCUAGCAGCUUAUGUACAGACACUGAGGAGGUAUGGCUACCAGAGAUCACUUUAGUCAUGCUUUCUUUUACACCAUUUCAAAGUAAAAGUAUUUUCCUUUUAUCUUCCUUCCCCUGAGUCUUUUAUAGUGUGCUAAAUGGAAUUCUUACAGAUGACAUAAGUGAUUGCUUUAAUUACUCAGGGUUUCUGCUUGUCAUGGAAAACGGCUGACCAAUUUUCCAUCAGCGAAAAAGUACAAUUAUUUAAAAAAGAAUUCCUUUCUUUUUCUUCUGUAGCUGAGAAUGAACCACUCCGUCAGAACAGCAUGGUGUUAACCCCAGGCUAGCAUGUUGGGUUCAGUUGCUAACGUUGAGUUGCUUGCUAGCUUGUUUUGACUGGCUUGUGUUUAUUUAUUAUUGAUAGGACACAUCAUGCCUACCUGCGUAAACUGAGUUUCCCCUUUGUUUGAAACCAGAUUCAUCCUGAUUGUGAAGGUCAAAAAUCACCUCAGUCAAGUGAGACUGUGCAGCCGUGUGUUCCUUCAAACUAAAGCUAUUGUUUUAAUAGGAUCUGGGUUAAACUGUAUCAUCUCUAUUAUUUAAUGUAUACAUGGAUAACCAAUGGUGGACUCAAAUUCAUGUUGAUCAUUAUUUAUCUCAUAAGGAAAUCACUUGUGUCUCGGACGCAGGCGGGCAUGAUUGUGUCAGAAAAGGUGACCGGGGAAGACAGUGUAAUGAUAAAGGUAUUGAUAUGCUUUUUGUGCUCUGAUGUGCAUAUAUUGUAGAAGAGUUUGUCUCAGUUUUCCACUGUACCAGUCAGGGACUUUCCACUGUGCUAACAGGAGAUUCUUAACUGUAUCACAACUCCUUUUUAGGAGUAGGUUUCAGUUGCAUUAAAUCAGUUUCAUUAAUAUGAUUUAUGUGCUCCCAACUACUCUGUGCGCAGUUUCUGUUUUGUAUCAUGUGCUGAUAAGCUGUGUGAAUCUUCCACCCCUCCCCUCUCUACUCACUGAACACAUGAUAUACAAUCUGUGCAGAGAAUAAAUACUCCAAAGACAA